UUUGAAUGUUUCGGAUCGGCAACAUUGCAAAAAACGUUCCAACUCUGUGGUUCCAACCUAAAAAUCAACGUCAGAAAAGUUAACAGAUUUCGUUUUUGUUUAUAAUGUAGUUUUUACUUAUUUACUAUGGGAUAAAUAGUAUAUUCAGUAGUCAUGUGCUGAAUAGUUUGAUAAUGCUAUCCUGUCAGUUGCACCACGGACCCAAUAUGGCAAGAGCAGAUAAUCUGGGCAAUCAAGCCCUACUCGAAGCUGGGGAGAGGCCCCUCGAGCGCUCCUUGUCCGAGCCGGUUGACAUCAAGACCAGCUUUGUAACUAGAGAAGGCAGCUACAGACUGAUGACGCUUAGCGAGUAUUGCCGACCGAAUAGGGUGGCUUUUCAGCCUCAGGGGCAGACAUCCCCCCAAGUGAAUGUCUCCUUAGUCGGUCUGGGCGAUGAGGGAGAUCGAAUAUGCUUCAAUCACGGCAGAGAGAUUUACGUCUAUGAGUAUAAAGGCGUCAAGAAAGCUGCAGAUCUGACCAAACCACUGGAUAAGAAGUUUUAUAAGGGCACCAACCCUACAUGCCAUGAUUUCAAUGAAGCUUCAGUGGAGGGCGAGAGCGUUAACUUAAUAAUAGGUUUUACUACUGGGCAAAUUCAGUUAAUAGACCCUUUUAAAAAAGAGUUUAGUAAGCUGUUCAACGAGGAACGACUAAUAGAUAAAACGAAGGUAACUUGCCUGAAGUGGGUGCCGGGUAGUCGCUCACUGUUUCUGGCUGCACAUGCCUCAGGCCAAUUCUACGUCUACAAUGAGGAACUGCCUUGCGGCAGCACAGCUCCUAAUUACCAGCCAUUCAAAGCCGGUGAGAACUUCUCGGUCAACACUUGCAAGACGAAAUCGACGCGCAAUCCACUGUUUCGAUGGUAUCUGGGCAGUGGGGCCUCUAUCAACCACUUAGCAUUCAGUCCUAAUGGCUCCCAGCUGGCUGUAGUGACCCAAGAUGGCUUGUUGCGGGUGUUUCAGUACGACAGCAUGGAACUGUUGGGUACAGCACGCAGCUACUUUGGUGGACUGUUGUGUGUAGCCUGGUCAGGCGACGGACGCUUGAUUGCUGUAGGUGGAGAGGACGACCUGGUAACAGUCUAUUCCAAUGAACAAAAGCGCGUGAUAGCCAGAGGCCAGGGGCACAGAUCCUGGGUGGCCUCAGUUUCCUUUGAUUGCUACCUCGAGGGCGAAUCCCUCUAUAGGAUUGGAUCGGUUGGGCAUGACACUCAGUUAUGUCUUUGGGAAUUGCCCGAAGACAAUCUGGUCCCCCCUAGACCGAGGGCCAAGCGGCGCUCCGACCCUCUGCAGCUGGUGGGAACACCGGCUUGUCCCCGAUUGGAUGAGUGUCCGAUGCUGGAACCACUGGUUUGCAAGAAAAUUGCCCACGAACGACUAACAUCGCUGAUUUUUCGGCCUGACUGCUUUAUAGUAGCGUGCCAAGACGGCUUCGUCUACACUUGGGCUCGACCCUCCAAACCAAACACAUAACAUGAGCCUAUAGAUAAUGGUGCUCGCUAAACCCGCAGGGUUUCUAAAGGGGUUUCAUGUGACUUUUGACCGACUACAUUAUUUUCUUUGAAACUGGAUCUGGAACUCUUCAAACCUUCAUUGUUGACCCAGGUUCGACAAAUUGUUUCUGGAUGUGGAGAUCUACUUUUCUUAGCUCUUCUAGUUGAGAGUUUCAGAGUGUUUGUUAAAUAGCAUCACCUCCAGCAAGUGCGGUGCAAAAUCGGCUUUCUGAGCAUUCAGUAUAUUCAUAUAACACAGACGCAGGUUUGGUAAAUGUUGUACUCGUAGUAGAGUUAAUUAUCCAUAAACUAUACUUGAACUAACUACAGUUGGUGUUACAUUGUUACAUUCACGUGGCUGAUGCUUCUCUAAAUCCCAAGAUCAGGUUGCUAGUCGUUAGUCCUAUUCCGACUCAAAGUAUUUUUGUAUGCUUUUGUAAUAUACUUUUGUACAAUUCAUGAUGUAUAUAUCUAAGAGUAAAUUAUAAGUUAAACCUACAAAUGUUCAUACGUUUUCUUCGAUGAUCACUUUUGCGUAAUGUCUUGUACUAUGAUUGAAAUAUAUUUGUUUCUUAUU